AUGUCGACUUAUUCACUUAGUACCUCAAUAUGGCAGAUUCUUCUAUGUCCAAGGCUAUGUGAUGAAAAUCUUGUGGAGCAGUUAUCAAUGUACUUGGCUGUCGCAGAUGCUUCAGGAUUGCCAGUUGGGUGGAGUAGACUUGCCCACUUUAGCUUUACCUUGGUUAAUCAACUUGACGGCAAGAAGUCCAUAACAAAAUCUACAAAGGGCACUGUACUGUUCAAUGAAAAUCAGAGUGAGUUGGGCUUCAAGUCGUUCGUGCCUGCUAGUGAGCUUUAUGACUGGACUGCUGGUUAUCUUGUGAGCAACAAGUGUAUUAUAAAAGCCAAGGUUGCAACCCCAAUUGUUAAAAUUCAAGACCCUGGAACUGACAUUUCCUCAAAGAAAGAAUCCAACAGGAAGGCGUCUUCAAAUGUAAAUUCUGGGCAAGCUCAAGUUUUUUCAGCAUUACCUAAGACAAUUUCUUCUGAACAGAUGGCUGCCUUACAAGAUACUCCAGCUUCUGAACCAUUUUGCACCCAGGCUGCAACCCCAACCAUUAUAAUUGAAGACCCGGGAACUGAGAUUUCCUCAAAGAAAGAAUGCAACAGGGAGGAGCCUUCCAAUGUGAAGUCUGGGCAAGCUCAAGUCUUUUCAGCAGCAGCUAAGACAAUCUCUUCUGAACAGGUGGCUGACUUCCAAGAUACAACAGCUUCUGAACCAUUUUGCACUAAGGCUACUAAUGAUCACACGGCUGGCCCUUCUGUAGUUGACAAACUUGGUGGAGUCUUCGCCACCCCAUCGCUUAUAGAAUUCAGGGGUUUAGGGCUCAUAGAUAAACAUAUUGUUCCACUGCUUGAGGAAGUCUGUUCAUGGCACCCUUCAUUGAUUGAAUGCCAGAAGAACAGAACUCGUACAUUUAGUGAAUGUGCAUUCAAAUCUUUGGGUAAGCUACUGCAUAUUCUAAAGACUACAAAGGUCAAGGAUAUGACUGAGGAUAAGUUUGCAGAUAUUCAAAAGUUGUGGGAAGAGCUUGAUGUCUUCGGAUUUGACUUGGCUUGGUUGAAGCCUUAUGUUCAAUCUGUUUUGGACAGGAAGAAAUUUAUCGAAAUGUCAGGAAAAGUUAUAAGACUGAGGGAACAUGUGGAUGAGUUGGAGGUUGAAUUAAAGAGACAGAGGACUGCACUAAUUUCUGCUGAGGUGGAUCUUGAGAUAAAAAGAAGAGACUUGGCAGAGACUGACGAGUUAGAUUUAAGAAAAAGUCUUGGGUUUAGGCAUGUCUACCCUCUCUAGAUUUAAACUCUGAGCUGGGUUAUGGAAGGAAAUAGGCAUGUCUAAUGCUCAUUAACAUUUGCAUUGUAUUCAAGUACUUAUGGUAUGGUAGGAGUUAGGCAAGUUAGAUCAGUGAAGUAUUUAAAUACUUGUCUUCUAACUUUCUUCUUUCAACGUUAAGAAUGUAACAGUAUACAAUUCCUCCACUGGAGCACUAUUAAGUAG